AGCUCCUCCUCAUCCAUAAAGCCAAACGCAGAGAGACAACCACGGAGACUAUGCUCUAGUCUAGAGAGCCAGGAACAAACAUGGCUUACUCGCUCUGUUCAUCACCCUCCCCAAUCGUCCACGAACGUCACUCUCUCUCCUUAUCUCUUUCUUCACCCAGAAACCCUAGAAUAAGAAACUUCAAUCACCUUUGCAAACUCAAUUUUCUUUCUUCUCAAUACAAAACAUCUUCUCUCCAAGUAAGCCAUGUCUCUGUACACGACCCAGUUACCGAAGAAACCAAAAAAGAGGUUGUUGGAGAAGCUGCUACGACUGGAGACCCAAAUGGACAUUCCGGUUCAUCAUCCAAAAGCUACAUCUGGGUCAAUCCCAGAAGCCCAAGAGCACCGCAACUUCGGAAGAAAUCGUAUCAUACCAGGUACACAAAUCUAGUCGAAGUGGCUGAGUCUUUAAACUCUUGUAGUGCAAGUGAGGAUGAAGUUUUAAAAGUUUUGGGAACUUUAAGUGGUAAACUUUUGGAGCAAGAUGCGGUUGUUAUUCUUAAUAAUAUGGUUAAUGCCGAAACUGCGGUCCUUGCACUUAAGUACUUUCAGCAGAACUUGACACCUGAGAGAGAGGUUAUUCUUUACAAUGUUACCUUGAAGGUCUUUAGAAAAUGUAAGAAUUUGGCUGGUGCGGAGAAGUUGUUCGAUGAAAUGCUCAACAAAGGUAUUAAGCCGGAUAAUGUUACGUUUUCGACCAUGAUUAGUUGCGCUAGGAUGUCUUCUUUGCCCGAGAAGGCUGUUGAGUGGUUUGAAAAGAUGAGUAGUUUUGGGUGUGACCCAGAUGAUGUUACUUACUCGGCUAUGAUCGAUGCCUAUGGACGUGCUGGUAAUGUUGACAUGGCUUUCAGCUUGUAUGACCGUGCUAGAACAGAAAAAUGGCGCAUUGAUCGAGUAACAUUCUCGACUUUAAUCAGAAUUUAUGGUCAAUCAGGGAAUUAUGAUGGGUGUUUGAACGUGUUUGAGGAGAUGAAGGCCAUAGGGGUCAAACCAAACGUGGUUGUUUAUAACACUUUGUUGGAUGCUAUGGGUAGAGCUAAGAGACCUUGGCAGGCUAAGAAGAUUUACCAAGAGAUGAUCAGCAGUGGGUUUGCACCAAGUUUUGUAACCUAUGCAGCUCUCUUGAGGGCUUUUGGUAGAUCCCGAUAUGGUGAUGAUUGUGUUAAUGUAUAUAAGGAGAUGAAGGAGAAAGGGAUGAAGCUGAAUGUGAUUCUCUACAACACAAUCUUAUCUAUGUGUGCUGAUCUUGGCUACACUGACGAAGCCAUUUCAAUCUUCGAAGACUUGAAAAGUUCUGAGACCAUGCCCGAUAGUUGGACAUUUUCAUCAAUGAUUACUAUAUAUUCGUGUAGUGGACAAGUACCAGAAGCUGAGGCAAUGUUUAAUGAGAUGUUGAAAGCAGGUUUUGCGCCUAAUAUAUUUGUUUUAACUUCACUUAUUCAGUGCUACGGAAAAGCCAAGCGCAUAGAUGAUGUUGUGAAGACAUUCGAUCAACUCUUGGAAUUGGGCAUUAGCCCAGAUGAGCGCUUCUGUGGUUGUCUCUUGAAUGUGAUGACCCAAACACCAAAGGAAGAACUUUCUAAGCUUACAGCUUGCAUCGAAAAAGCCUAUCCAAAACUCGGAUAUGUGGUAAAUCUUUUGCUAGAGGAUGACAAAAAUGAAAAUUUCAAAAAUGAAGCCUCAGAACUUUUUGAAACGGUUGGUGCUGAUGUAAGAAAGGCUUACUGCAAUUGCUUAAUUGACCUUUCCAUGAACCUCGAUCUGUUAGACAGAGCUUGUGAGCUGCUAGACCUUGGGGUCUCACAAGAAGUAUAUACUGAUAUACAGUCCAGGUCUCCAUCCCAGUGGUCUCUCAAUUUGAAAGGUCUUUCUCUUGGGGCUGCUCUCACUGCAUUACAUGUUUGGAUAAAUGAUUUGUCCAAGGAAUUGGAAUCUGGAGAAGAGUUGCCACCAUUGCUUGGAAUUAAUACUGGACAUGGGAAGCACAAGUACUCGGACAAAGGCUUUACUUUGGCAGGUGUUUUUGAUUCCCACUUGAAGGAAUUAAAUGCCCCCUUCCAUGAAGCUCCGGAUAACGCUGGCUGGUUUUUGACCACAAAGGUUGCAGCCAAGUCAUGGUUGGAAUCUCGAAAAUCUUCCGAGUUAGUGGCCGCUUAACUUUGUAUCGUCUUUGAUUUGCUUUUCUAUGUAAUCUCUACACACUGACAUGCAAGGGUUUGGACUGGUACGGUAUACUACUUCCUUAACCUUUUGUAUCUUGCUGGUAUCUUCUCUCUCGUAGAGAUCAUUUUUGUACUUUAGAAUUCAAAUUGAACUCUUCCUGAUGUUUAUAGAGUUAAAUAAAUGUUAAGAAUUAUUACAUCUUUGUUGGUUUAGAUUAUCUAUGGUUGUUAUUUGAUCAUGUUUUUAAUGAAGAUUUAUGCCAUUUGAAGGGA